UAAGUAAAAUCUACCCAUAUGUCAAAAGAAGAAACACCCGGUAUCCCAGCAAGCUCUGCGAUUACACCAGACAGAAAUAGUGAGUGACCUUCUCAUAGUGCAUCACAAACAAAAGAUGGCAGGGCGGGCAUUUGCAAACUGGUGGACCAAGAUGCGCCCUUACUAUGCUGGGGCGUACCAGGAGAUGUGGGUCGGCUUGGGUAUCAUGACAUUGCUGUACUACAAAAUCUCCUAUGGUGGAAAGAAAGAAGUAAAAGGAAAGCCUGCACAUUGAUUUGGUCCUGAUGCUGAGUGGUCACCCCCUCCCUAUGUGAAAUAGCGCCCCAUGUGAAUGUCACCAUGUCUGUUUAUAUGGAACAAUAAAAUGGUCUGGUGGGAUUACUAAAAUGUUCAAAAA